CCUACUGGCCAUCCUGCGCUUUCCAGAGCUCCGCUGGCGUUCGCUGCGAGAACCGGCGGAAGACCCACCGGAUGAAUGGCCCUCCUCCCGGGAUGGGGGCCCCGGGUCCCCGCGGGGCUCCGAAUCUCGCGGCCUCGCCCCACAGCGUGCGGCGCGCCCGGCCGUUUGUGCGCGAGGCGGGGCGCGGGGCUCCCCUGGCCCUGGGCGCGCCGAACCCCUCGGCGGCGGGGGCGAGCAGCAGCCGGGGCGGCGCCCGCGAGCACCGCCAGGCCGGAGAGAAUGUGCACUGUGACUCCUGGGUCCGAGAGAAAGUGCUCUUUCUUCUGCACCCGGAGAGGUGGUUGGGGACUCAGGGGGACUCCGCACGGGAAGAAGUGGUCGAUGAGGAGGACCUUUUCAAAGCGGGCGGACAGGGCCGGGAACCCGACUGCCCUUCGCCUCUCUUUCCACGGGAAAAGCGAAUUUCUGGCAGCCGUGCAGACGCUCCCUCCCGAGCUCGGGGGGACCCACCCAAACCCCUCCUCGUGCGGGUCGUGGAUUAUGAGAUGACACAAGAAGUCCUGCAGGUCGCGUGGGCGAAGGGCUGCAUGACCACGCUGACCGAGGAGCGCUCCAUGACCGCGGUCACUUUCCCCGCCAACACGGAGUGAGACCGGUUGCGGGGCGCCGGGACCCCUGGAGAACCCCGAGCUCUCGGCACAGAGAGAGAGAGAGACCCCCGUGUCCACGCCGCGGAGGGACAGUUUCACGGUCCCUCAGGACCUGACUCCCCGAGGAGAUUCAGUGGGGAAGAGGAGCCCGAGGAACGUUCAAGAGUUGGUGAAGGAGCGCUCAUCCUUAAGAAAAGAAAAUGCUCUUCCGGAAACUCCAGCCUGAAAUUAACCGACAGCAAGAACCUUUUAAGAGGCUUCAGGGAGGCACAGGGCACCCAGUGCAGACUGAAGAACUGUAAACAACACGAUACCUCCUUUAUACCGUGGCUUAAAUACUCUGACGGUCUGGGAACCUUAGAAGAGGGGAGGAAAGGUAUUUUCAAAUUGGCAGAACGUGGGGAUUUUGAAAUAAGAAAAUCUGUAGUUAAUUUUUAUUUUGAGAUAACUCUCAGUUGGUCACUCUUUUGCCUCCCUGCCCUCCCCUUCUCUUUAAGACCUGAAAGCAGAAGUGAAGUUUGAAGUCUGCUCUCUGCAAAAGGGUGGGGGUGGGAAUAUAUGUGGAGAGAGGUUUGUUUUGAAACUGAAAAAGAAAGUAAAAAAUGGGAAAAUAAAAUGUAAAAAAAAAACAGCCAGUAAACAAAAUCUUUUUUUGUUACUGUCUUCUGGUGUGCACAUCUUUUUCUUUCUUUCUUUCUUUUUUUUAAAUUUUUUAAUUACCUUUAAGUGUUAAGAAAAGAGAGGAGCUAGGAAAAGAAGGAGAGGAAACAGAAGACUGAAUUUUUAAGGUGAAAUGCUAUUUCAAAGGGCUUUACCCCAAGUAUCUAAUUUAGUUCAGUAAAAAAUGCUAUUAAUAUGAAAUUUUUAGUUAUCUUAAUGUUUGAAACACUGCAGAUAAAUCUGCUCCAAAGGUAGAUAGAAAUAUAUAGUUUGCUGUAAAAUGACUGUAUAUCUUAUUCUUGUUCGAAGCUUCUUACUAAUAAGAUUUGUAGUCGAGACUGGAUUGAAAAAAAAUCUCUCCUGAUACAGUUGAAAAAAAAAUUUCUUCUGAUGCUACUGAAACAACUCAUUUUUAUUUUGUUUAUUUAUUUUUUAUUAAACACCAUCUUUAUUAACUCUAGUAGUGGGGCCUGGUUUGGAGGUGUGUUAGGAGCAAAGCACCCCCUCUAGAGAUGAACUGAUGAACUGAAGGAGUUAUCUGGUUACUGCAGGAAUUAACAAAACAAAUGGGACUCUGGCUUUUGAGGAGUAAACUAUUGAACAGGGCCCCCUCCCUUACUCUUCCUCCUUUGCCCCUUAUUUUCAGUUUAGAGCUUGACAGGCCCUCAAAUAUCAUCUGAUCCACCUCUUGCCUCUUGGCAGACAAGAUAGGUAAGAUAUGUCCCUAUUUUACAGUUGAGCCAACCUAGGCCUAGAAGCCAUGUGGCUUAUGUAGGUCACAAAGCUAGUUACUGCAUAUGCUUACUAAGUAGAUAAGAAUAUGAUCAUCUCCCUCCUAAAAGUUUGGGGAUGCCUUUAGGACUCACUUCUAGGGAGUCAAAAGAUGAGUGAGGGCAGCCUAGGUUUUCUGACUCAGUCAGUUAUGAGAAAUACUAAGAUCACCUUAAUGUCCCUGAGUCUGGCCGGACCUGUGGGCUUGAGAUUCACCACUAGCAGUUCUCAGGCCAGUGUGAUCCUCACUUGAGAGAGGAAUUCAGCACCUGAGCUCAUCUGUGCUCAAAACUGCUUGGUAGGUAGAAAAGGUAAUACAGGCUCCAUGAAAUGAAUGAUCUUUUCAUCCAGCAACCCUGCCUGGCUCCAGUGUGAGGUUAAACUUCUUGGCAGACAAAUUUCAGACCUGACUCAAUAAGUUUGGUUGUUGUGAGUCAACAUAUGCCCCAUGUGAUAGAGCUUUGAAUAGAGACAAGAAAAGCCUCUUUAAAGUUGACCAAAAACAGUAGCGACAUUCUGUUGCCUUCCCUAUGGAGCAAACUCAGGACUUGAGCUACUUGGGUUCACAACCACUCCACCUCUUACUAACUGUGUGACAUUGGGCAAGUGUUUCACCUCUCUGUGCCUCUGGAUCCUUAUUUGUUAAAUAGGGAUAAUAAAUAGUAUCAAUCUUACAGGGUUUUUCCUAGGAUUAAGUUAGAUGAAAGAUAUUUAGAUCAGUGCUUGGCAUAUAAUAAAUGCUCAAAGUGAGCGAUUAUUAUUAUUAGUAUUAUCGUUAUUGUUUAGUUCACUUUCAUCCUAACAAGGCUUUAGGGCUUUAUUUAAUAAAAAGCAGCAGAAGGCAUACAACACAAGAAAUCUUAUAGAACCCAAACCAGUGGUUUUU